AGAAGAUAGAUAGCUGUCUUGGACCUGCUGGUAACCAUGGCCUGACCAGCACCUCUGAAGAGAAGGGACUCCACUCCCGGCCAGAGGACAGAAUGCUGAGAAUAUCAUGGCAGGUGAUUGGAGUUGCGCUUCAAGCAUUUCAGCAGCUCGUCGGCAUUUUAUCUGCCCGCGAUGCGCUCUUUCCUUGGUUGCACCAUGAGCAAGCUGCAAGUGAGACUCACUGAGCCCAGAAAUGGACGUGAAGAAACAAAAGCCAUUGCUUUCAAAUGAAGACCCGGGAGUGGUAAGCCUGAUGCUUUGGGAUCACCACUGAGACGUCCCCAGAAUACCGGGAUGGCAAGCAGGCGGAAGUCCACCACCCCUUGCAUGGUCCUGGCCAGUGAGCAGGAGCCGGACCUCGAGCUGAUCUCGGAUUUGGACGAGGGGCCGCCUGUGCUCACGCCUGUGGAAGACGCCCAUGCAGAGAGCGUCUCGAGUGACGAGGAGGUUCGUGGAUCUGUGGAUUCUGACAAUCAGCAAAAUAAGAAAGUCGAAGGAGGCUAUGAAUGUAAAUACUGUACUUUCCAAACUCCAGAUCUCAAUAUGUUUACUUUCCACGUGGAUUCCGAGCAUCCCAAUGUCGUGCUAAACUCAUCCUAUGUAUGCGUCGAAUGCAAUUUUCUUACCAAAAGGUAUGAUGCACUUUCCGAGCAUAAUCUGAAGUAUCACCCGGGAGAAGAGAAUUUCAAGUUGACUAUGGUGAAGCGUAAUAACCAGACAAUCUUUGAGCAGACAAUAAAUGACCUGACUUUCGAUGGCAGUUUCGUUAAAGAGGAGAGGGCCGAGCAAGCCGAGCCCGCAGAAGCGCCCUCCCCGGGCAUCUCCAUCAGCAAGACCCCCAUCAUGAAGAUGAUGAAGAGCCGGGCGGAGGCCAAGCGCAUCGCGGUCCAUCUCGACGCCGCCGAGGGGGCCGCGGAGGAGACGGAGGGCGAGGCCACGCCAGCCCGCGAGGAGGCUGUGGAAAACCCGAGUUCGUCCGCGUCGGAGGCGAGUACCAGCACGUCCACGGCGAGCCGUGGCCACCCGAGCCCAGCUCGCACGGUGGUGACGCCUGCGGCCGUGCUUCCCGGCCUGGCGCAGGUGAUCACUGCCGUGUCCGCUCAGCAGAACUCCCACGUGGUCCCCAAAGUCUUGAUCCCCGUGAACAGCAUCCCCACCUACAACACGGCGCUCGACAGCAACCCCCUCUUGCUCAGCACCUACAACAAGUUCCCGUAUCCCACCAUGUCCGAAAUCACCGUGCUCUCUGCGCAAGCAAAGUACACGGAGGAGCAGGUCAAGAUAUGGUUCUCUGCCCAGCGCCUCAAGCACGGCGUGAGCUGGACGCCCGAGGAGGUGGAGGAGGCCCGAAGGAAGCAGUCCAACGGGACGGUGCACACGGUGCCCCAGACCAUCACCGUCAUCCCGGCGCACCUCUCCGCCGGCGGCAACGGCCUGCCGUCCAUCCUGCAGGCCUGCCAGCUCGUGGGCCAGCCUGGGCUGGUCCUCACGCAGGUGGCCGGGGCGAGCGCCCUGCCG